AUGUGGAUUUUCAGGGUGAAGCGGCCGCCGGGUUCACCGCCUGUCUUCAAGGCGCGUUACGUGGCUCGUGGCUUCAGUCAGCGGCAGGGGGUUGACUACUUUCAGACCUUCUCCCCCACCCCGAAGAUGACUACUCUUCGGGUUCUGCUGCACGUUGCUGCUCACCGUGACUACGAGCUGCACUCUCUCGACUUCAGCACAGCUUUCUUGCAGGGCAGUCUGCACGAGGAGAUCUGGCUGCGUCGCCCACCUGGCUUCACUGGGUCUUUCCCUCCUGGUACCCAGUGGAGUCUCCGGCGUCCAGUCUACGGUCUCCGCCAGGCGCCACGUGAGUGGCACGACACACUGAGGACUACGCUCGCGGCACUUGGGUUUGCUCCGUCUACUGCCGACCCGUCGCUGUUUCUGCGCACCGACACCUCUCUGCCGCCGUUCUACAUCCUCGUGUACGUCGACGACUUGGUCUUUGCCACAGCUGACACUGCUGGACUCGCCUACGUGAAAUCACCCGGGACAGAGCGCGCCGCACCAUUACCCUGA